AUGUUGGAUUGUCACGGACUCGAUGAAGAAUACGUCCAAGCAACGUUGUCAAUGAAAAUCGGCGAGAACGUGGCCAAGAUGAGCUCCCUAAGAGCAAAGGCAAGUGUUGGUACCGAUGACACUGCAGGUGGCGGCGAUUCUGUUGAAACAAUUGAUAACGAUGCUGACGGAAGGGGAUGUGAAGGCAGUACAAAUUCGCCGGAAGUGAUCGACUUAACUACCGCUGAGACCGAUGCAUUUGAUGUCAGUGAAGGCAAGAGUGAUGGUACUGGUGUUGGCGACCUGCUCUGCAAAGCUGGUGCUGAUGACGGCGAAAACGGCAAAGCUAUUUCUGAAGAAAGUGGAGGUGAAUGUUCAGAUUGUGACAAGGGUGGAUGUAACGAGGUCAAAAGAAUAGGUUCUGGUAAUUUUUCAAAUGACUUACUUCGCGUUUGGGGUGGCACUGACGAUGACGUUAGGCUUAACGUCAACGUGGGUCGCAGAGUUGACUUACGAAAUGGUAGGCCCGCAGUUACUGCUGAUAAAGCUGGCAAUGCAGAGACAGGUUCUGGCGCCGAUUUACCAGAAGUUUUCAAUGCCGCUGCAGGCCGGCUCAGCGCAAUCGGUGUUGACGACAGCGAAGAUACUAUGCUUUCUGGUUCUGUUAGUUCUGUAAUUGGUGCUGAUCGUGGCUCAGGUGGUACUGACGGUGACGGUCGGCGUGACGACGACAUAGGACGAAGAGUAGAUUUGGCAACAGGUAGUUUUGUGGCUACUGCUGAUGAAGUUGAAGGAACAGAAGCAGGUACUGUCGCUGAUGACAUUACUGUUGGCUCGAAUGGUGCUGAUGGUCGUCGCGACGAUGAAAUAAGCAGCAGAGUUGAUUUGUCAAGCGACGGUUCUGUAGUAACUGCCGAUGAAGUUGGCGGAACAGAGGCAGAUGCCGGCGCCGAUGACUUUACUGCUGGCAUGCGCGGUGGUGGCGGUGACGGUUCUUGUGACGACGACAUAGGCCGCAGACUAGAUUUGGCAACUGGUAUUUCUGUAGUAACUGCUGAUGAAGUUGAUAGGACAGAGGCAGAUGCUGGCGCCGAUGAUCUUAUUGUUGGCUGGAGUAGCAGUGACGGUGAUGGUAAUCGUGACGGUGACAUAGGCCCCAGAGUUGAUUUGUCAAACGAUGAAUCUGCAGUUACUGCUGAUGAAGUUGACGGCACGGAGGCAGGUGCUGGCGCCGAUGAUCUUAUUGUUGGCUGGAGUAGCAGUGACGGUGAUGGUAAUCGUGACGGUGACAUAGGCCCCAGAGUUGAUUUGUCAAACGAUGAAUCUGCAGUUACUGCUGAUGAAGUUGACGGCACGGAGGCAGGUGCUGGCACCGAUGAUCUUAUUGUUGGCUGA